GGGAACAGCCUCAAACUGCGCCAGGGGAGGAUCAGACUGGAUAUCAGGAAAAAAAUUUUUCACAGAAAGGGUCAUUGGGCACUGGCACAGACUGCCCAGGGAGGGGGUGGAGCUACCAUCCCUGGAGGGAUUUAAAAGGUAAAUGAGGUGCUCAGGAACAUAGAAUCAUAGAAUCACCACGUUGGACAAGACCUUUUAGAUCAUCGAGUCCAACCAUUCCUAUCUGCCACUAAACCAUGUCCCUGAGCACCUUGUCUACCUGUCUUUUAAAUACCUCCAGGGAUGGUUUAGUGGCAGAUGGAAUGGCUGGACUCGAUGAUCCAAGAGGUCUUAUUGAUUCUAUGAUUCUAUGGUCUGGUGGAUUGUGAGGUCCUGCAAAGUACAGCUGAGGCCACGCCCCCAACCAACAGACCACCCCCCUUCACAAAGGCCCCGCCCCUCUCAGGGCCACGCCCUUCUAGUUAUAGUCAAUGAGAGGCCGGUGCAACGGCCCUCCUAAAGACCACGCCCCAAUCCUGAGGCCACGCCCCUUACGCUCCGCCCUACCAGAGCUGUUACUCCCCACACCGAGGCACCUUAUGCCCCUACCGCCCUGCCGGCACCCGUAGCGUGCGCGCGGAGACUUCUGGGAGUUGUAGUCGGCGGGCUCCUCCCGCUGUCCUCAGUUGCUCGGCGAGCGGGGCCAUGGCCGCCCGCUCCCUGCGCAGCUUCGCCACCGCCCUCGGCGCGCAGCGGCGCGGCAGUUUGUAUUUCAGGGAGUCCUCAUGUGUUUUCAGCACUGCAGCUCAGCAGAGAAGCACAGGAGAUGAGUGUGGCCCAGAAGAUCCCCGUGAGGAGCCCAGGCAUCCCCUUUCUGACUGUGCCUUAGAGCACAAAGCCAUCAAAUUGGAAGAACAAGUCCGGGAUUUAACCGAGCGAUACCGGAAAGCUUUGGCAGAUUCUGAGAAUGUCCGGAGGAGAACGCAGAAGUUUGUGGAAGAUGCCAAGCUCUUUGGGAUCCAGAGUUUCUGCAGGGACCUUGUGGAGGUAGCAGAUAUCUUGGAGAAGACUACCGAGAGUGCUGCAGGAGAAGCAGAGCCUAGUAAUCCAAAUCCAACCCUGAAGAAAAUCUAUGAAGGUCUCUCUCUCAUAGAGGCAAAAUUGCAAAGUGUAUUUGCCAAACAUGGCCUUCAGAAGAUGAACCCUGUUGGUGGCAAGUAUGAUCCAUAUGACCAUGAAAUAGUCUGCCAUGUACCAGCUGAGGGAUUACAGCCGGGCACGAUAGCACUGGUGACUCAGGAUGGCUAUAAACUCCAUGGUCGCACUAUCAGACACGCGCUUGUCGGUGUGGCAGUAGAGUCACAGGAAUGAUGUGGGCUUACCCACUGGCAUCGGGGACCUUACUGAGCUGAGGACCCCUCAGGACUCAGUCACAACUGCAGCUGCAUGUCUUUACUUAUUUAUUAAGCUAGGUUUGUAUUGUAUGUUUGCUUCUUUAUAAUGUGUGCAGUCAUUUUGGCAUUAAUUCUGAGGUACUUGUACAUUUAAUAGUCCUUUUUGGAAUAUGUGGAGUAGUAAGAGAAGUCCUGCUAUUUGUCAGAAAUGUGGCACUGUAGCCCCUUUCUCCAUUGCUCGUUUCUCCAUUAAGACUUGUAUGGGGAAGAGGGGAGAGGUGGAAGAGAAAGGGAAAUUCUCUGAGAGCUAGGGAAUCUUAUUUCCUGGUUCCAUUUCCGAGACAGAUUCCUGCAGUGGCCUUCAAGAAAGUAACUUCUCUGCCUCAAUUUCCAUAUCUGUAUUAAGGGAAUAUAAUAAUACUUAUUGACCUACCUCACAGGGAUGUGGUGAGGCUUUUCUUUUGUGAAACACUUGGAAGAGGAAAAGCCCAGAGGGCUGAGUAUUAUUAUCAGGCUGGUUUCGGUGUCUUCCCUUGUCCCAGACCCCUCAGGUGUGGAUGAAGAUGAUCACUCGAAAUGACAUUUAGGGGCAGCUUUUUCUAAUGUUGCUUCAGGAAAACAAUACUGAAACAAUGAAAUCUCUGUCUUAGUACAGUUCAAUAGGAAUGAGGUUUUAAAGAGAAUUCAGUUGUUAGGUCAGACUUUAACAUGUUAAUAUUUGUUCUCCAGGAAAAAUUUCAGUUUGCCUCCUUGUUCCUAAAGGUAAAACAGGGAGUAGUGGUUCUUGUUGGAGCCAGAAAACUGUUCUCAAAUCUCUCUUCCUCCAACCCAAAAAACCCCAUAUUUUAGAGGAGAGUAAUCUCACUUCCCUGAUGGGUAUUUGUGCAGCCUUCAAGCAUGAUAAACUAUAUGCUCUUUGUUGCAGCUGUGGGCAAAAUGAAGAUGUGCCCUGAAGCAGGAAAUCUGGACUGUUGUGUUUUCUCAGCUCUCCAAUAAUGGUACUUUAACACUAACUUCCAUUUCACGUUCAGAUUCUACUUUUGUACGGUCAUAGUAAAUAUUAAACCUUUGGAGUUUUGACACAAGGAGAGAAAUCUUUUCUACUAAAAGUCUCAAGUGCCCUUGAACCAAAUUUAGCAGCAAUGACAAGAAAAGCAAGAGAAGCAGAAGGCUGAGGAAGUGAAAGCUGACCUCGAGCUGUCCUCUUAGUUGGAGGCAUGUUGUUGUCACAGCGUGGCAUAUGUAUUUCCCAGUGGUGCUUUGCCUGGAAGUCCAUUAUCUCAGAUGAAAGGAUGCAGUCACUGAGUAAAAUGAGAAUUUAACCCUUUACAGAGCAGCAAGCAGUAUAAUGACAGAAGAGUUAUGUAAACCAGCCUGUGGUCUGCACUACACAAACCCAAGGCAGGAAUGGUUGUUUUCAGGUUGUUUUUUACUGCUGCAUUAAUUCCUGCCUUUUUACUUCCUGGAAUUGGAUCCAUGGUUCAACAGUAAUUUGAGAUACAGUUUAAAAACUUUUUUCUUAUCGUGGAUGCCAUAAUUGUUUUGGAAGAAAGCUUAUUCUUCUCCCAUUCCUUUGCAGGCUUCAGUUGCAUAAUCCUUUUGUGGCGGACCUCAGGAUUACUGCAGCCUUCAGUUAGCGGCUAUCGACAGUCUUUCAUCUGAGGAGACUGUGUGCAGCUAGUUGGUUUUCAUUCCAGAAUUUUAAGGAAGAUGCACAUUUCUCAUACGCCCUGUGCAAGCUGCUUUAGUGGCAGCUGUGUGUGAGUGACUUGGUAGUGAAUACCUUUAGAAGUGCGGUUUUCUGCCUCUGUGUAGUUAGGUUUUCAGGCAGGUACUUGAGAUUUCAAUCCUGAAACAGUGGUUCAUGGCAGCGUUGGGCUACUUUGAACGAACCUUUUGUUCAGUCUUCUUGUUUUAUCACAUUGGAAGUUUCAGAGAUAUAGAGGACUUCCUGUUCCUUGUUUUGUUGGUCUGCACGCUGACUGGGUCACCAGGUUAUGCUGUGACUCAAGACAAAUAGAACAGGUACAAUAUGACGCGUGGCAACGCAAAAUCUUGCUGCUCUGCCUCAAAACUGUCUGCAGCCUGCUCAGAGGAAACCCUGUCUUCAGCUGGAAGGAGCGUUUGGGUUCUCUGCUGAUUCUCCAGCCUCUGCUGUAUCAGCUGAGUCUUUUUCCAGUAUGAGGGGAGAGAUGGCUAUGGAAGCUAACUUUGAAUGUGAAACUUUAUUUAUAAGGAACUCAACAAAAGCAAAGGCAUUUUACACAACAGGUGUUUUUUUGUCUUAGGCUGCAGCUUACAUGAACCAGAUUUAAAAGUCGUGAGUGAUCAGAAGUGAUGAGAUCUUUAAACUGACCCACAGAGCUACUUGACUAUGCUACAGCUACUUGAUCUGCUUCCAGACUGUUUGCCAGGCCUGCCUGUCUCCUCAGCCAGUUCACCCAUUUUUGCCUUAAAGAAAUACCCUAAAAUGCACUCCUGACCUUCUGUCUGUAGUAAGAGGUUGUUAAUUCUGCUUGUGCAUCUGGGAUCUGCUUUCACUGAGGCGCUGUGGAGUGGCUAGAGCCAGAAUCCAAGGCAUCCGGUUCCUGUGCAGUCUUUCUCACCCUCCCACAUGUCCCAUUUAAGUUUCAGAAAGCCAUUUUCCAGGUUCAUGCCCCAGUUUUUUCAAUCUAGGGAACUUCUACAGGAUCUUACUGGGCUUUUAUGAUGGUUACUUUAAGAUGUAACAAUUGCUUAGAGACUCUUAGAAAAGUUACCAAAGAGAUAAAUACUGUAACUAUUGUUUAUCCUAGUCUCUGCUUCCUUUGAAUGGUGAAGUGAAAAUAAUGGUGAAGUGAAAUAACCAAUCCUGGAUUCCAUCACAGAAUCCGGAUUUCCUAGGCAAAAUUAGAUUCUCUUGCCUUUCAAGCACACUUAAUGGUCUCUUUUAUCAUGGAUGAGAUUGUGUAAGGGUGGAUUGAAUUUCUCCUUUGUAGAUUCUCGCUCCCUUGUCUGCCCUGUUUGUGUAAAGCUUGCACACUCAGCAUAGUGGGGCAGAAUCCCUGCUGGUGCAGUUCUGUUGCACUCUGCAGAGUUACAGUAGAGAGGAGAGUGACCGGUGAGCUUCUUGUCUCCAGUCACUUUAUUCAAUAACUAUUUAAUAAAGCAUAGGAAUACAUUAGAAGGGACAGAAUAGCAGAGGAGAGGAAGUGUCACAUACCUCUUGGUCAUUUCCACUCCGUUCACCCAGCCAUGAAUGAAGAGCUCGAGCUAGGAAUGCAGACAACAAAAUAAGAGGUGCAUGCCAUGGUGACGUGUGGACCUGCAUUUCUGCUCCUGGGAAGCAGGCAGCCCCACUGUACGGGGUGUUUGCCAUGUUCUGUGACCUUGCCAUACCCCAUCAGUGGGGCAUAUUUGAGGUGAACUCCUGGACGAGUGUCUUGUGGCACUGCCUCAUGACCGUGGCAGUGUCUUAACUCUGACCAGGAGCAGUGCACAAUGUGAAUGUUGCUUUGUGAACCUUAAAUUCUCAGUGCUGCUUCAGCAGAGCUUCUGUUGAAAGACACAGCUGUGAUAAAUCAAUAGCUAUUAGCAGUCCUUUGAUUUUUAAACAAAUGUAUUUAAGUUUUAUAUGUGAAUAUUGUGGUAUUUUUUUUAUUUUAAAACUUGAGAUGUUUUGAUAUUACUUGCAAAGUCAAAUGAACAAAGCGUUGCUAAUCUCCAAAAAUCUAAGUCCAUUUAUUUGAUGGGAAACCUGUAUAUAUUGUAUUUUUUGUGUUUCUGUGCUCUUUGUUUACCCAAAGGUUAUGGCUGUGUGAAAGACAGAGACUGAAGAGUGGGAGUGGUGCAAGUAGUUGACAACGACAUUUGAGUUGAUGUUGGAAAGGGCUGAUUUCCUUUAGAUGUCCAGAUACUGUCCAUUUGCUAAUAAAAACAAAGAAUUGCAGUUGCUUCCUUUUUCCUUUUUUCCAUCCCCAAACUGCUUCUCAUUCUGUCACUUUAACCAUUGGGGACUGUGGAUUGAAAGGUUUCUUGCUAUUCCUGAUCCGUUGUCUAAAAUGUGGGCUGUAGCCCACAGCAGUGGAGAACACUGUUGAACGUCUUAUUAGCAAUUUUUCAGGUGGGCUCCAAGAAAUGCACACAUGGUGUGUGUCAACUUCUCUGCUGCAGGUGAGUUGUUUGGGAUUUUUGCACUAAUAAACUGCCAGGUGUGUCAUCCUCUGCUUCUGUGUGCUUGUUCCUAGAGAUCUGCUCAUGGACCAUGGCGUAGAGGAAUGCUGUCUGCCGCCCUUUGGGGCUGGAUCAUUCUGCAGAACUCUGCUAACUGCUGAAAUCUUGAUAUCUGGUUUUAUUUUUGCCAUUCUGUUUCUCUCAAAGCUCCAAUGUGCUGCUUUUUUGUCCUUUUGUGGACAGACGUACUGUGUGGCAGCUUGAUUUAAGAGUGGCUCAGUAUACACUGUGUAUUAACGCUUGUGGCACACAUGGAUGGGUUAUGGUUUGGAGGAUUUGCUGGAGAAAAGAAUAGGCUUUCUCUGUAAGGGUUUGAUUGUAACAGGUCUCAUUCUCUCCCUUAUGCCUCUGUUCCUCAUUUUGCCUUAGCCUUGGAAGGGUGCCAUGUCAGUGAACCUUGCCUUGUUCUGAUGAAGCUCUGAAAGCCCCUGGGCACUUCUCACUGUAAAAAAAAAAAACUUUGCAAAAGACCAUUUACAAAUGGCCUCUUUUGGGAUGGGAUCUGUAUUUCCAUGCUGAAGGUAUGCCAGCAAAGUCCCGUUGUGAUUGUGGAGAUUCUGUCUCAAAGAGGCCCAUCCUCAUUCUCCCCAAAACGUGUGGGCAACUGCUUGGUGUUUGCUAACCAGACCACAGCAUACUCCUGCCUGCUGCUCCGUUAGUAAAUUCUGGCUCUGCUGUUUUUUCUCUGCUGCAAGAGUGAGAGUUGGGAGUUUUCAAACCACAGCCACCUCCAUCUGUAGAAAGGACCUGAGCUGGUGAGCGUGGGGAAAAGCAUUUUGCUUAUGCUAUGGUGUUGCAGAACACCUGCAAGCAGGGCGCAGUCUGACAUUCCUGCUGGGGCCAUUGGGAGCGUUAUGACAUGGACUCCAAGGAGCUUUGCUGUGUGAACAACCAGAUUUCUUAUCGCCCACAGACAUCAUGAAACGAGGGCAGUUAAGUAAGAGCGUGUUAAAACCUGAGGCAUGCUGCUAAGAUCUUUGUGUGCUGUCUUUUAAGCUGCUUUGGGAACAUCGUCUCUCCAUCCUGGUGGGUUGAUACUACCCCUUGUAAGGACUUCGGUGGGCUGAGCAACAGGAAUUUUGGCCUGUGCCCCCCCCCCCCCCCAAAAUAUUCAGCCUGAGUUGAUGGGUGGUGUGUGCUCCUCCAUGCAGGAACUCUGAAGUGGCUCCAUGUGGGGGAAAGGAGAGGGCCUCGGGCUUCUGUUCUGUUGCUCCCGAGACAAAUUUCAAAUGGUGGAUUCCCAAACUAAAUUCUGUCACUUGGAACAUAGCCAGCCCUAGGCUACAGCAGGCUCUCUGUCUGUAAUACUUGUCCCUACCUGUUCAGAGUUUUCACCAAGUCUUUGCUAUCCUUUGUAAUCCAAGCAGCGGCAGCCUCUUGGAUGGGAUCCCCAUAGCACAAGCUGCUUGCUGAGGGCACUAUGUUUUGCCCUGGGCAGAAAGUACAAGCAAAAGCUUGAAAGGCUUUUGCUGAUGCAUAAACCGCAGGGGAUCCGGUACUGAACACUGUGUGCCAUCACUGUGCAGACUGAACACAUGGAAAAUGCGCUCCAGCAGCACUGUGGCCAAGUGGUGCAGCCCCAGUACGCUUGCAGCGGGAGAGAGGUGGUGCCAGGGGGCACCUCUGGGUUUUGGGCCCUCGGUUCACCACCGGGUUGUUUGCAAAUGGGAUGCAGCCAAGCAUCCUGUGGAUGCAUAGUGGGAACGUGAGGAACAGGGCA